CUUCUGCGCAUGCGCAACCUCGACAGGAGCUUCGCCUAGGUCGUAUUGUAGGGUUUCUUAAAUCCUGGUCAAAAUGCCAGACUAUGAUAAAGGAGCAUACCCGGAGCCUCCCCGGCAGACCCCGGCUGUGGACAAACAGACAGCCCUGCCAAACCCGGCCCUGAUUCUGUCCAAGCUCUUCUAUUACUCCGUGGACCUUCCUGUCACCACAUUUAGAGAUGCUGUUGACAGUAUUCGGUCUAAAAACAAGCCAGUGUACUACCACCAGAAGUUCAGGCGUGUUGCAGACCUGACUGAGUGCCAGCAUGGAGACUAUGUCUGCUACUAUGAGGCUGAGAUGCAGUGGAGGAGAGACUAUAAAGUGGACCAGGAGAUAGUGAAGGUGGUCCAGGAGCGUAUGAGGGCCUGCCAUCAGAGAGAAGGAGUCAGCUACCAGCAGAACUGUGCCAAUGAAAUGCAGCAGUUCACCGAGGUGACCCACGACUUCCAGUCACGCUAUGGAGACCUGGGAGCGUACGGCAGCGGGAGGAAAUGUCUAAUGAAACAAAAAGAACGUAUGAUGGCUGCUCAGGCCCAGAGUGCUUAAGAACAGUUCCCUACUAUCUGUCCUGUGUAAUAAUUGUAUAAUAAACUAUGAUCAAUCGUU